UGACAGUCGCCAUUUUAUUUUGAAAAAUCAAACAGAACUGGAGGCAUAGCGACCCUACUAUUUCGUCAAGUUUGCUGUGAGAAACAAGAAGGGAUGAACAUCUAAUUUACUUUCUUGGAAGCACGAUGCUGAACUUGAUUUUAAACUGAAGGACUCUGCCUAUCACUGGGAGCCACUGAUCGGAAAACUCAUUUGGAAGCCGACAUUUUUCACACCUUUUGGGGGGGGGGAGCAGAAGUAACCUAUCACUGAAGUGACUAAAGGGGAAUAAUGGUGAUUUUGCGCCGUGCUCGGCCGCCUGCUUCCGCCCCAACCAGCAAUGAAUCUUGACUCGCUCUCGCUGGCUUUGUCUCAAAUCAGCUAUCUGGUGGACAAUUUAACAAAGAAAAACUACCGAGCCAGCCAGCAAGAAAUACAGCAUAUUGUAAAUCGUCACGGCCCUGAGGCAGACAGGCAUCUACUACGCUGUCUCUUCUCCCAUGUGGAUUUCAGUGGCGAUGGUAAAAGCAGUGGCAAGGACUUUCACCAGACACAGUUUCUGAUCCAGGAGUGUGUGUCGCUGAUAUCAAAGCCAAACUUUAUUUCAACUCUCUGCUACGCCAUCGACAAUCCCCUGCACUACCAGAAGAGUUUGAAGCCAUCGGCCCACUUAUUCACUCAACUGAGUAAAGUUCUUAAGCUCAGCAAGGUCCAGGAGGUGAUAUUUGGACUUGCUUUGCUCAACUCCAGCAACACAGACCUUCGUGGCUUUGCUGCGCAGUUCAUCAAGCAGAAACUUCCAGACCUCCUGCGGUCAUACGUUGACGCUGAUCUCGGAGGAAACCAGGAAGGUGGCUUCCAAGACAUUGCCAUAGAGGUCUUGCACCUACUGCUCUCCCAUCUACUGUUUGGCCAGAAGGGAGCCAGUGGGGUAGGGCAAGAGCAGAUUGACGCCUUCCUCAAGACACUUUGCCGAGAUUUCCCCCAGGAGCGCUGCCCUGUGGUGCUCGCACCACUGCUGUACCCUGAAAAACGGGACAUUCUCAUGGACAGGAUCCUACCAGACUCGGGGGAGUUAGCUAAGACCAUGAUGGAGAGUUCUCUUGCAGAAUUCAUGCAAGAAGUUGGCUAUGGCUUCUGUGCUAGUGUGGAUGAGUGCAGAAACAUAAUCAUCCAGUAUGGGGUGAGAGAGGUUACGGCCAGCCAGGUAGCCAGGGUCCUGGGCAUGAUGGCUCGUACCCACUCUGGCCUAACUGAUGGCAUCCCACUGCAGUCCAUCUCUGCUCCAGGAAGUGGUAUCUGGAGUGAUGGUAAGGAUAAGAGCGAUGGCUCGCAGGCACACACAUGGAACGUUGAGGUUCUCAUCGAUGUUGUCAAAGAAGUGAAUCCCAACCUGAACUUCAAAGAGGUGACGUACGAACUGGACCACCCGGGCUUUCUAAUCCGGGACAGUAAAGGCCUGCAAAUAGUGGUGUAUGGCAUUCAGAGGGGGUUGGGCAUGGAGGUCUUCCCUGUCGAUCUCAUCUAUAGGCCAUGGAAACACGCCGAGGGACAGCUUUCAUUCAUUCAGCACUCCCUGAUGAGCCCAGAGGUGUUUUGUUUUGCUGACUACCCUUGCCACAACGUGGCCACUGACAUCCUCAAGGCCCCACCAGAGGACGAUAAUAGGGAGAUUGCCACAUGGAAAAGUCUGGACCUGGUGGAGAGCCUGCUCAGGCUGUCUGAGGUGGGCCAGUAUGAGCAGGUGAAGCAGCUGUUUAGCUUCCCAAUCAAGCACUGCCCAGACAUGCUGGUGUUGGCAUUACUGCAGAUCUCCACCUCCUGGCAUACACUGCGCCAUGAGCUCAUCUCUACUCUAAUGCCCAUCUUUCUGGGCAAUCACCCCAACUCUGCCAUUAUCUUGCACUACGCCUGGCACGGACAGGGACAGUCUCCCUCCAUCCGCCAGCUAAUAAUGCAUUCUAUGGCUGAGUGGUACAUGAGAGGGGAGCAGUAUGACCAAGCCAAGCUGUCUCGCAUCCUGGAUGUGGCCCAGGACUUGAAGUCUCUAUCGAUGCUGCUGAAUGGUACUCCAUUUGCCUUUGUUAUUGACCUUGCUGCACUUGCCUCUCGCCGUGAAUACCUCAAACUUGAUAAAUGGCUGACUGACAAAAUCAGAGAGCAUGGGGAACCGUUUAUCCAGGCGUGUGUGACAUUCCUGAAGAGGCGCUGCCCAUCCAUUAUGGGGGGUCUGGCCCCAGACAAGGACCAGCCCAAAAGUGCCCAGCUGCCGCCGGAGACCUUAGCCACCAUGCUGGCCUGCCUGCAGUCCUGUGCUGGGAGUGUAUCCCAGGAGUUGUCCGAGACGAUCCUGACAAUGGUUGCCAACUGCAGCAAUGUAAUGAAUAAAGCCCGGCAGCCGCCACCAGGGGUCAUGCCGAAGGGACGUGCCCCCAGCACCAGCAGCCUGGAUGCCAUCUCACCUGUACAGAUGGACCCACUCUCUGGCAUGGGUUCCUUGAACUUGGGGGGCACAGCCACCUCCCAUACUCAGAGCAUGCAAGGUUUCCCAACCUCACUGAGUUCAGCUUUUAGUAACCCCCAGUCCCCAGCCAAAGCCUUCCCACCACUCUCCAAUCCUAACCCCAGCACACCAUUUGGGGGCAUUGGCAGCCUGUCCUCGCAGCUCCCUGGUAUGGACUCUGGUCCCUUGGGCUCAGGCAUCAGCUCUGGUAUUGGCUCUAGUCUGGGGAUGCCAACAGUAAGCACUGACCCUUUUGGCACCAGGAAGAUGAGCACACCAGGCCUGAAUCCACCUACCUUUCAGCAGACUGACCUUUCUCAGGUGUGGCCCGAGGCAAACCAGCACUUUAGUAAGGAGAUAGACGAUGAAGCAAACAGUUACUUCCAGCGCAUCUACAACCACCCACCUCACCCAACUAUGUCUGUGGAUGAAGUACUGGAGAUGCUGCAGAGGUUCAAGGAUUCAACCAUCAAGCGGGAGCGAGAGGUGUUCAAUUGCAUGCUUCGGAACUUGUUUGAGGAAUACCGGUUCUUCCCCCAGUACCCAGACAAGGAGCUGCACAUCACUGCCUGCCUUUUUGGUGGAAUUAUCGAGAAGGGUCUUGUCACGUACAUGGCCCUGGGCUUGGCCCUCCGAUAUGUCCUUGAGGCCUUAAGAAAACCCUACGGAUCCAAAAUGUAUUACUUUGGCAUUGCAGCUCUAGAUAGGUUCAAAAACAGACUAAAAGACUACCCUCAGUAUUGUCAACACCUGGCCUCAAUUGCCCACUUCUUGCAGUUCCCCCACCAUUUACAAGAGUGUGUGCAGUAUAUCGAGUAUGGCCAACAGUCACGGGACCCUCCGGUGAAGAUGCAGGGCUCCAUCACCACACCUGGCAGUCUGGCUCUGGCACAAGUUCAAGCCCAGGCCCAGUCGCAGCAACCUGGUGGCCCCAAAGCCCCACAGCCAGGUCAACCCAGCACCCUCGUCACCACCACCACGACUACAACCACAGUAGCCAAGACCACCACUAUCACAAGACCAACGCCCAGCAGCUUCAAGAAGGAUGUGCCUCCCUCAAUAAACACUACCAACAUCGACACCCUGCUGGUUGCCACUGACCAAACGGAAAGGAUUGUAGAGCCUCCAGAGAAUGUCCAGGAGAAGAUUGCUUUUAUCUUCAACAACCUUUCUCAGUCCAACAUGACACAGAAGGUUGAGGAGUUGAAAGAGACAGUGAAGGAGGAGUUUAUGCCCUGGGUGUCUCAGUACCUGGUGAUGAAGCGUGUCAGCAUUGAGCCCAACUUCCACAGUCUGUACUCCAACUUUCUGGACACACUCAAGAAUCCUGAGUUUGUCAAGAUGGUCCUUAAUGAGACUUAUAGAAAUAUCAAGGUGCUUUUGACCUCAGACAAGGCAGCUGCCAAUUUCUCUGAUCGCUCCCUGCUGAAGAAUCUGGGCCACUGGUUGGGCAUGAUUACACUGGCCAAAAACAAGCCUAUCCUCUAUACAGAUCUGGAAGUCAAGUCUCUGCUACUGGAAGCCUAUGUGAAAGGCCAGCAGGAGCUACUUUAUGUGGUUCCCUUUGUGGCCAAAGUUUUGGAGUCCAGUUUACGGAGCAUGGUUUUCAGACCCCAGAACCCCUGGACCAUGGCCAUCAUGAAUGUCCUUGCUGAGCUUCAUCAGGAACAUGACCUCAAGCUGAAUUUAAAAUUUGAGAUUGAAGUUCUGUGUAAGAACUUGUCUCUGGACAUCAAUGACCUGAAGCCAGGAAACCUGCUGAAGGACAAGGAUAAGCUAAAGAGCCUGGAGGAGCAGCUGUCUGCACCAAAGAAAGAAGCCAAGCCCCCAGAGGAGAUGUUACCAGUUUCUACCACAGGAGACUUUGUUCCAUUUGCAGCUCCUCCCUCAACCCCAGCUGCCACCACCACCACUUGCACAACCACUGGGCCCCCCACACCGCAGUUCAGUUACCACGACAUCAAUGUGUAUGCCUUGGCAGGCCUGGCUCCACACAUCAACAUAAAUGUCAACAUCCCUCUGCUACAGGCCCAUCCUCAGUUGAAGCAGUGUGUACGGCAGUCAGUAGAGCGAGCUGUCCAGGAGCUUGUGCAUCCUGUGGUUGAUCGCUCUAUCAAAAUUGCCAUGACAACCUGCGAACAGAUCAUCAGGAAGGACUUUGCCCUUGAUUCAGAAGAGUCUCGCAUGCGUGUCGCUGCACACCACAUGAUGAGAAACCUGACCGCCGGCAUGGCCAUGAUCACCUGCCGCGAGCCUCUGCUCAUGAGCAUCGCCACCAACCUGAAGAACAGCUUUGCUGCUGCACUUAGGGCACCAACCCCCCAACAGAGGGAAAUGAUGGAAGAGGCUGCAGCCCGGAUUGCUCAAGACAACUGUGAAUUGGCUUGCUGCUUCAUUCAGAAAACAGCUGUGGAGAAGGCUGGUCCUGAAAUGGACAAGAGACUAGCCACGGAGUUUGAGCUGAGAAAGCAUGCACGCCAAGAGGGACGGCGUUACUGUGAUCCCGUUGUUCUGACUUACCAAGCUGAACGCAUGCCUGAGCAGAUCAGACUCAAGGUGGGAGGAGUGGACCCUAAGCAGCUGGCUGUAUAUGAGGAGUUUGCCAGGAACGUUCCAGGUUUCUUACCCAGCAAUGACCUCUCUCAACCCACUGGCUUCUUGGCUCAGCCCAUGAAGCAACAGGCAUGGGCCACAGACGAUGUGGCUCAGAUCUAUGAUAAGUGCAUGGCAGACCUGGAGCAACAUCUUCAUGCCAUCCCUCCCGCCCUUGCCAUGAACCCCCUGACCCAGGCCCUGCGCAGCCUGCUGGAGGCUGUUGCUUUGGCCAGGAACUCCAGGGAUGGCAUCGCUGCACUUGGCUUACUGCAGAAGGCUGUGGAGGGUCUUCUGGAUGCUACCAGUGGGGCUGAUGCUGACUUGCUGCUCCGCUACAGAGAAUGCCACCUGCUGGUGCUUAAAGCCCUGCAAGAUGGACGUGCCUAUGGACCACAGUGGUGCAAUAAGCAGAUCACCAGGUGUCUGAUUGAAUGCCGUGAUGAAUACAAAUACAACGUAGAGGCAGUGGAGCUUCUGAUCAGGAACCAUCUCGUGAACAUGCAGCAGUAUGACUUGCACCUGGCACAGUCAAUGGAAAAUGGACUGCACUACAUGGCAGUCGCAUUUGCCAUGCAGUUGGUGAAGCUGCUGCUGGUGGAUGAACGCAGCGUCAGCCACGUCACAGAGGCCGACCUCUUCCACACAAUUGAGACUUUAAUGAGGACUUGUGCACACUCCAGAGCCAACGCACCAGAAGGUCUUCCCCAGCUUAUGGAUGUUGUUCGCUCCAACUACGAAGCCAUGAUUGACCGGGCCCACGGUGGACCCAACUUUAUGAUGCACUCUGGGAUUUCACAGGCUUCAGAAUAUGAUGAUCCCCCAGGCCUGAGGGAGAAGGCAGAGUACCUCUUGAGAGAAUGGGUGAACCUGUAUCACUCAGCUGCUGCUGGCAGGGAUAGCACCAAAGCAUUCUCUGCCUUUGUUGGCCAGAUGCACCAGCAGGGCAUCUUGAAGACAGAUGACCUGAUCACAAGGUUCUUCCGGCUGUGCACAGAAAUGUGUGUGGAGAUAAGCUAUCGGGCACAGGCUGAGCAGCAGCACAACCCAGCAGCCAGUGCAGCCAUCAUCAGGGCCAAGUGUUACCACAACCUGGAUGCCUUUGUUAGGCUCAUAGCCCUGCUGGUCAAACACUCUGGAGAGGCCACCAACACAGUGACAAAAAUCAACCUCCUCAACAAGGUGCUGGGUAUCGUAGUUGGGGUGUUGAUCCAGGACCACGAUGUGCGUCAGACUGAAUUCCAACAGCUCCCAUACCACCGCAUUUUCAUCAUGCUGCUGCUGGAGCUCAACGCCCCUGAGCAUGUCCUGGAGACCAUCAACUUCCAGACACUCACCGCCUUCUGCAAUACCUUCCACAUCCUGAGACCCACCAAAGCACCUGGAUUUGUGUACGCCUGGCUCGAACUCAUCUCCCAUCGCAUCUUCAUCGCCAGGAUGCUAGCACACACACCGCAGCAGAAGGGUUGGCCCAUGUAUGCACAGCUGCUGAUUGAUCUCUUCAAGUACCUGGCCCCUUUCCUGAGGAAUGUAGAGCUCAACAAACCUAUGCAAAUCCUCUACAAGGGCACACUGCGGGUGCUCCUAGUCCUGCUGCAUGACUUCCCAGAGUUCCUGUGUGACUACCAUUACGGCUUCUGUGAUGUUAUCCCACCCAACUGCAUCCAGCUCCGCAACCUCAUCCUCAGUGCCUUUCCACGCAACAUGAGGCUCCCCGACCCGUUCACACCCAAUCUCAAGGUGGACAUGCUGAGUGAGAUCAACAUUGCUCCCAGAAUCCUCACCAACUUCACAGGUGUCAUGCCUUCCCAGUUCAAGAAGGAUCUGGACUCGUAUUUGAAAACUCGAUCACCAGUCACUUUCCUGUCUGAGCUGCGCAGCAACCUGCAGGUGUCUAAUGAGCCAGGAAACCGCUAUAACAUCCAGCUGAUCAAUGCUCUAGUCUUGUAUGUAGGCACACAGGCUAUCGCUCACAUUCACAACAAGGGCGGCACCCCCUCCAUGAGCACGAUCACUCACUCUGCACACAUGGACAUCUUCCAGAACCUGGCUGUGGACCUGGACACUGAGGGACGUUACCUGUUCUUGAAUGCGAUCGCCAAUCAGCUGCGCUACCCCAACAGCCACACUCACUACUUCAGCUGCACCAUGCUGUAUCUGUUCGCUGAGGCCAACACCGAGGCCAUCCAGGAGCAGAUCACCAGGGUUCUGUUGGAGAGGCUGAUAGUGAACAGGCCUCACCCAUGGGGUCUUCUCAUCACCUUCAUCGAGCUGAUCAAGAAUCCUGCCUUCAAGUUCUGGAGCCACGACUUUGUGCACUGUGCCCCUGAGAUUGAAAAGCUGUUCCAGUCAGUAGCCCAGUGCUGCAUGGGACAGAAACAGGCCCAGCAGGUGAUGGAAGGCACCGGUGCUAGCUAGCCUGUGUAACCAGCCAGCUCAUAGCCCUCGGGAGAGAUGCCGCGGCCUUGACCCACUCCCCCACCACACACACACACACACCUCCCACUUUACUGUUGGCACUGGAUAAACUGGCAACCCACAGUCAUUUGAAAUGUGGAUGAAAGGACUACUGCUCACGGAUCUAAAGAUUUAGAUUUUUGUUUAUCCCUUUGGGGCUGGAUUGAGAUGGAGAGAAUGGAUUUGGACAUGCUGUUUAAUAUACUUUUUUGAUGCUUUGAUGUAAAUAUUGAAAAAAAAAAGGGAGAACGGGAGAGUACAUAAGUGGAGAACAAUUCACAUGUCAAAUAAAAUGUAUCCUGACAUG